CGAUCGGAAACCAAUAGAAUCUCUUGUUUUAGGGCGAGCCUCCGUACGCUUAGCCAAUCAGAACGGCGGAAUUGGAUCCGUGCCUCCUAGCGUACAGCAAUGCAGUCAUGUGAUGGCCACAGAAAGAAUGCCAACAUGGAACUGUGGCAAGGACGGGAUCCCUUUCUGCAAAAAUAAGACGGUGAAAAACUGAGGACGGUGCAUUUCGAAAGGUUUUAAUAUAGUUAAUGAUUAUCGACGGUGUAGUGAGAAGCGUGGUUCUCCUGUGUAUCUGGACUGUAUCUGGACUGUAUCAAUGGUGUCGUUAAGCAGCAGAGCGCUGGUCUCUGAUAAUGACCUCUUUAGGGACAGUGUUAGCCUGGUCUCCCUGGGGCUUGUAGAGGGAGAGGGCAGUGAGGGGGGGAGCGAGGGGGGUAGCUUUACUUCCUGUUACAGCCCCGAGGCCGGGGACAUUGGGGCUCGACUCAGCUUCAGCCCUGGAGAGGAGGAGGAUGACGAAGAGGAAGGGGGCCUGCUCCGACUCUAUCUGACCCCCACAGAGGGUCUGCCUGACUUCAGCCCCCGCCUGCCCUCACCCUUCUCUCCCACCAUGGAGGACAUCGAGGAGUUCCUCAGGGAGAAGAUGGAGCUGGUGAGAGAGGGGAUUCUCUUCUCUAGUGAACCCAUGGAGGAGCCCGCUCCCUCCCCUUCCAGCUCCAUUGAACAACCUCUCUCCUCCCCAGGGGGACAAAGUGACCCAGGGACCAGCGCUGCCCUGUCACCCCCCACCCCACAAACCCCCAACAUCCCUCACACCCACAGCCCAGCAGCCCCGUGCCCCUCCCCGUCCCCCUCCACCCCCUCAGUGCUCCUGGGAGCACCCUUGGUACUCCAGGUCCAGUCGCUGCCGCUGGCCCAGCCUCUCCCCCAGACAGGCUCUCCUCCUGGGGCGUCCAGUGGGCUGAGAUUGGCCCACCUGGUCUUGGGGCUCCACGGAGGGCAGAACUUUACCCUGCUUGCCUCACAGGUGCCCUCUGCCCCAGCCACCCUUCUCAACGUAGCCAGCAUGGACGCCGGAGUUCCAGACCAGAAGUACGUGAAGAUUGCCCCUCUACCGAUCACCGUGAGGAUUGCCGGGGGGCUUGCUGGGGCAACGGUGGUUGGGGGUCACAGUGGAGGGGCCGUGGUGAAAGCUGUGGCCCCACAUAAGGUGAACAGACCCCCUCCUACAGAGACACUGAGGGUGCACAAGUGUUCUCAUCCAGGCUGUGAGAAGAUGUACACCAAGAGCAGCCAUCUGAAGGCCCACUUCCGCAGACACACCGGAGAGAAGCCCUACACCUGCAGCUGGCCUGACUGUGGCUGGAGGUUCUCUCGUUCUGAUGAGCUGUCUCGUCACCGGCGCUCCCACUCCGGGGUCAAGCCCUACGAGUGCUCUCUGUGUGAGAAGAAGUUUGCCCGCAGUGACCACCUCUCCAAACACACCAAGGUGCACCGCAGCCCCCGGCCUGGCAGAAUCGUCAGAACUACCGUCUGACCCAGCCAGCAUCUCAACACAGCAAACCCAGCUCAGCCCAAUCGUGAUCCUGAUGCCACCCUUAACCCCGUUGCAGCACUCCGUUGCAGCAUAAUUCUGGACGGCAGAAUUAUUAGUACCUGCCUCUAGAAUUCAGAGCAGCCUGGUCCCAGCCCAGUCCAACCUCAACCCGACCACAGGCUGACAGACUAAUCAGACUCAUCCACUCAGCCCUUCUGCGGGAAGGCCCCGUUAGGGAGUCUGAGUCCUCAUUAGGACACUGGUGCUACAGGAGCAGACCUGGACCAGAACUUAAGAGUAGGGUUCUGAAUCUGAUUCAGACCCUGCUGGCCUCUGCCCUCUUUACCCUCUCCUCCCUCCUGCAGCAGAGCAGAUGAGGGCUUGUCCUGGUGCUAGACAGUGAACUAACAGGUAACGGCCAUCUCAGGGAUGUGAUUGUUCAGCUUAAAGCGGAUUUCAGGCCUUUAGGUUAAAUCACAUCCCCCUGCCACACACACACCUCGUUACCCUUAGCAGAUGACAAGCGUGACAGGCAGCUGCACAAGGUCUAAGUCUCAGAAGAUAAUGUUGUAUAUGUCAUUAGAUUGUGUUUAAAAGACUACACUGUCACACAUUCUAUUCUACAUAUUAUAUUGCUCUGUGAAUCUGCUUUAGGAGUUAGACCCUCAAGACAGUUUUAGAGGUAAAUGCACUGGCCCAGCUCAUUCUAGCCCAUAAUCUGUGCUAUUAGCCCAGUUGAAAUUUGAAAGUACUGUGUUGAUAUGUGAGCUGCCAGAUUCUCUCAGAGAACAGGUUUGAGUCUAAAUCUCUUACAUAUCCCCUCCUGCUCCCCAUAGUGCCACACCUCUGGCCCAAUCACAUCCCUCCUUGACCCUAACGGCCAAUCCAGUACUGUUAUCACCGCUUCCCUGACCUCAUGCCUCUUUCCACUCCCUAAAAGACCUUAGGGCUGCAGACUAGUGUCUGCUGGUUUUCACCAUGGUGCUUUACUGGUCCAUUAUGUAAUAACUGGUUAGUKAAGAGUCCACUCACACCCACCUGGUUUCCCAGGUUUGCGUCAGAUGCUGAUUGAAGGCAAGUAACUGAGUGAAAACCAGCAGACACCGCGGCCCACCUGGUCCAUGCUCUUAAACCUAUAAGCUCUUUUACAUUCUUUAUGUCUUUGAAAUCAAUGUUAAACUGACAAAAGAGACUUGGCGAAAGCUGCUUAUGUGUAUACUGUAUGUUUUAUACAUUGUCUUUUCAAUGCAAAGCAAUCCGAUAUGAAGAAGUGCUUAGUCAUUUACAGUAGUAAAGGUUAGUAUGUUAGGCCAGCAAGCAAAGCUAGUCAUUUAUAGUGUACAGUACUGUACCUGAAAAGGGCAGCUGAUCGUUGUCCAAUCUGUAUCUGUGAAAUAUAACAUUUACAUGUACAGAACAUAUAGAAGCUCCUAUCCAGAGAAACCCUUAGUCAGUACAUUAAGCUAUCCAGUGGUGUCUGUGCUUGGUGAAACUGUGGAAUGUUAUUGAGGGGUCCUCAGAUCAGCCAGACGGGGGUUAAUUUUGAGACCCACUCUUCCAUUAAUGAGUUAUUCCAUCACACCCCAUCAAGAUGAGCCCUCUGUUCUCAAGUGCACUUAUGUUAGCAGGUCCAGCAGGAGAGGGUUAAGCAUGGAGAAAAGUUAUAGGUAGCCCAACGGCUAAGGAAUUGGACCUGUUGCUGAAAGGUAUCUGGUUCAAAUCCUGGGGCGGGCACUGGAAAAAUAGGUGUGAAUUGAUCUGGCAACUGAAGGGCUACUGUUCUUCUACUGUUGGGCCCUGCACUGCAGCUUGAUCCUGUGCUAGUCUCAAAUCAAAUGUUAUUUGUCACAUACACAUGGUUAGCAGAUGUUAAUGCGAGUGUAGCGAAAUGCUUGUGCU